CAAGAAGAGUGUGUUCAUCACGCACCACCACAUCGAUGUGAAACGAAAUAACAACGUCGUCGAAAGAGCACGAAUAGGCAAGGUUGGCAUUGCGUCAAAAUUUUUUUUUGUGUGCGAUAUAUUUUUUUUUUCAUUGAAUUUCACGAAAAAUUCUAAUUUUCAUCAUCAACACACCAUACAAUUCGUUUCCUUAUUAUCCGCAUCGAUUGACGUGCACACCGUUUCGGUCAUUUGGGCUAUUUUGUACACAACACAUUGCUUGUUGUGUACAAUUCGUUUGAAAUAUAGACUAUCGGAGAAGAAAAAAAAAUCGUGGGCGAACCAAGGCAAACAUAUUAAUUGCAUCAAUAAGUGAAACUUGAAAGCGUAAAUUUUCCAUUGCGAAAUUUUGAUUUUGGUGAGUGGAAAGGUGACAACACAUAGAAAAACAAUGACAAACAGAUCGGACGAAGAGCUGGCCAGAGGACUUAGUGCGCUGGUUAAAACAUUAGAUCGGCCGGCAAAUGCAAACGAAACACAAGACGACAACCCAACAACAUCGGAUCGGGAACGCGAAGUCGUUGCUUUGAAUGAAUUACGAGUACAAAUGCUGGAAAUGAUCGGUACACAAAAGUCAGUCGAGGAAGGACGAUAUUGUUGGGUAUGUUUUGCCACGGAUGAGGAUGAUCAGAUGGCCGCAUGGGUUCAGCCGUGCAAAUGCAGUGGCACCACGAAAUGGGUGCAUCAAUCAUGUCUUCAGCGAUGGGUCGAUGAAAAACAAAAGGGGAACGCUUUUAAACGCGUCAAUUGUCCACAGUGCCGCAGCGAAUAUAUCAUUGUAUUCCCUGAAAUGGGCACAUUUGUUAGCAUUUUAGAAGGUGUCGACUCAAUAAUCAAACGACUUAGCCCAUUUUUAGCCGCUGGCGUUAUCGUUGGAUCACUGUAUUGGACAGCUGUCACAUAUGGUGCAGUUACGGUACUACAAGUAUUUGGACAUAAAAAUGGGCUAGACAUGUUGGAGCGAGCUGAUCCAUUGGUGCUAUUGAUUGGGCUGCCUGCCAUACCAGCUGGUUUAGUUCUAGGCCGUAUGAUCUGCUGGGAGGAGAUGCUGUUACGAUUUAUCCAAAGUCGACAGAAUAUCGCUCGGAAAUUCCCAUUGUUGAAUCUAGUGCUACCAUCAACUACAGAAGAGACGGAAGAGAAUGGCAACGGAAAUCAAAACCAGACACCAGCUUUAUCGGAUCCAUUAUCGGCCACCCGAAUAUUUUGCGGUGCAUUAUUUAUGCCAACCGUUUCGGCAAUUGUUGGUCGUGUAUUUUUCGAAUCAAUUCAGAAUAAUCUACAUCGAACGUUAAUUGGUGGCCUUUCAUUCAUUGUGGUUAAGGGAGCGCUGAAAAUCUACUUCAAACACAAGCAACACACACGAAAGAAGCAACGAAAAAUUCUCGAUUUUACCGAAGAAAAUAUGCGACGAGCCCGCAGUCAACCGCACUAUCACAAUCGUAAUAAUGAUACGAGCAACGGUAAUGCCGCCGCUGACAAUUCAUUCUAAUUGCAAUGCAGAAAGAAAAUGCCAUAAAAUCAACAUACACACACACAAUUGGUGAUGAAUAUUUAUCGGCUAUCAUUAAAUUCAAUUUCUGCCGACAAAUUGAAAAUCAUUCAUUGAAUUAAUUAUUAUGCAAACGAUGAGCUAAAUAAUUUGUUUUUUUUUCUCUGUCGCACGAAUAUUUAAUUGUUUGAUAAAUAGGAUUUAAGUUUUAAAAAAAAAACAUGUGAAAUUAUUAUUAUUUUUUUCUUGAAACAUUUCAACACCAUGCUCAUCAUCCAUUUCGAUGAAUGAAUGGUUGCAAAUUUUCUUUCUGCGUCUCGCAAACAAUCUAAAAAUUGAGAGGAUUAAUUUUUAACAAAAUAUAUAACAAAUGUGAUAAAUUAACGGAACUAAUCGAUUGAAUAGUAUUUGGGGCGAAAAGAGUUCGUAACUAGACGACACAUUAUUACAGAGAGUUCGUUUAAUAGAUUUUAGAUUGGUGCAUAUUAAACGGCCCACAUUGAUUUUUUUUUUUUGCCAACGUCCAAAUAUCAUCCAGUGUGGCACACAUCACUUUUUAACUGAACACAAAAUGAAUGGAAGAUCAGAAGUUUGCCACAAAUUAGAAGAAAAAAAAAAUAUGAUGAAAUGAAAACAAUGGUUUAGGUUCAGCCUUUUCUAAUGAAAAUAUUGUCGUUGACAGACUGCAUUACCGACGUCGAUAUAUUUCCAUGCAACAUUAACAAAAGCUCAUACACAAAUAGCCCUACAAUGCUACAAAGUGCUUCGGCAUACCAUUGUUUUUUUAGGACGGAUUUAUUCCAAAAUAGACAAAAAAAAAUUGUAUAGUGUCAAAAAUAAUAGGAUAAAAAAGCAAGAAACACAUUUUUUUUUUCUGCAAAAAGACAAAACUAUAUUUUUCAUUGAAAGACAACAACAGCAAAGAAAUUUAACAUUGAAUAUAGUGAAUGAUAACUUUGAAUGUAAUCAACUAAAUUGUUUUGAUAUUUUCAUUUUUAUAAGCUUGGCAGAGAACUUAAAAGCGUCUUAUUUAAUGUUUAUUGCUCCAAAGAUAGACAACUAGACAAAUGAGAGGAAAUAUUGUUUUUUUUUAACUUGAAACAAUCUUAUUAUUAUUGCAAACAAACGAUCGACACUAUGGAGAUCGAUGUUGUUUCUACUUUUAGUUUUCAAAACUCAAACAAAAUGAAAAAAAUGAACUAAAAUAAAAUACUAAUGAAUCAUUUAAAA